UUGCGGGAACAAGUGGCGCGCAUUUCAAAUUUCGAAGCAAUCCGUAAUCUGCCGCUAAUAGAUCUUGGAGCAGAGCACGAUGGAGAAAGGAAACCGUGUCGUACGAAACUCGGAGCUAUCUUCUUCUUUAUAGGGGAAAGAAACAGGAGAGAGAGAGAAAACACUGCAGAGAGCGAGAGUUAGGGUUUUAUUCUUUGCAAAAGGGAAAACGCAGAGAGAAUUGGGGCACAGAUAGAGAGAUGGGUGAGCUUCAAAACCGCAGAUACUGGUUACUCAAGACCGAACCAUCAGAGUGGUCAUGGGAUCACCAAUCAGCCAAUGGUGGUCUCUCCAUAUGGGAUGGUGUUAAAAACGCUCAAGCGCAAAAAAACCUAAGAGCCAUGAAAAUCCAUGACCUCUGCUUCUUCUACCACUCUGGUUCGAAGGCCCGAGAAAUUGUGGGCAUUGUCGAAGUUUUGAAGGAAUUCUAUGACAGUGAGAAAGAAGGUGAGCCAGGAAUGGUUGAGGUGAAGGAGGUGGCUCCGCUAAAAAGGCCGAUAAGUUUAGCGGAGAUGAAAGGGGAGGAGUGUUUGGGAGAAUUUGCUCUGUUCAGGCAGCCAAGGUUAUCUGUGGUCCCUGUUCCAGAGGGCAUUUGGAAGAGGAUUUGUGAAAUUGUGGAAUUUGAGGAGCCAGAGCCAGAGAAGGCGGCUUGAGUUGGAGGUCUAUCUCUAGAUAUCUAUAUGGGUUUUUUUUGAGGUACCCUUUUACAGAACCCUCUCUCCUGGUUUUGGGUUCGCAUCUCUGUCUCGGCCUUUUACCCCUCUCUGUUUAUGUUUAGCUCUGGUUUUCGGCGUCUCUCUGUAUUUACAUGAAUAUUUGGUUUGGUUUGGUUUGGUUUUGGGGUGUUUUUAUUUUUUGUUACAUGUAAUUUUGGUUUUGGGUGUUUGCUUCUCUUACUCUCUUUUCAAAGAAAAAGAAUUGGAUUUUGAGUCAUUGAGCAAC